ACUCCCACCCAAACCAAGCGUCAACGAAUCUUCACGACAAAUAUGGACCGACCCGACUCCUCCCGCCCCGUACUAUCCGACCGCGUCCUCAUCAACGGCGUCGUCACGCCGCUCACUCUCUUCGCCGACGGCGUGCUCCGGUGGACGGAGAAAGCUCACCGGAGCUUGAUCGUCGAGAAGGAGGUCCUCGGCGUCAAACUGGAAGGUCCGAAGAUCAGAAUCGGAGCUCUGGUCGACGCCGGAGCUGGAAUAUUCUGCGUCUCGAGCGGCGGAGGAGGAGCUCUGGUCAGGAAGGACUUGGUGUUCGAGCCUCUCUCCCACGACUCGCAGAAGCUCUGGUGCCAGAAGCUUCUCGAGUACAUCGAUUCGCUCGGAAGGCCGAAGAGGCUGUUUGUCUUUGUGAAUCCAUUUGGAGGGAGCAAAUGUGCUUCAAAGAUAUUUGUUGAUGAAGUGAAGCCGAUUUUCGAUGAUGCUGGUGUUGUGCUUACACUGCAAGAAACUCAGUAUCAGCUGCAUGCUAAGGAAGUUGUGAAAACUAUGGAUCUUUCAAAGUAUGAUGGCAUUGUUUGUGUUAGCGGAGAUGGAAUCUUGGUUGAGGUAGUAAAUGGACUUCUUGAGAGAGAGGAUUGGGACACUGCAAUAAAGAUGCCUCUUGGAGUAGUUCCUGCAGGUACUGGGAAUGGAAUGGCGAAAUCUCUUCUAGAUUCUGUUGGUGAACCUUGUAAAGUCUCAAAUGCUGUUCUCUCCAUUAUUAGAGGACAUAAGCGAUCAUUGGAUGUAUCUACCAUAUGGCAGGGGAAGACAAAAUUUUUCAGUGUGUUGAUGCUUGCGUGGGGCUUAGUAGCAGAUAUUGACAUUGAGUCUGAAAAGUAUAGGUGGAUGGGUAGUGCUCGUCUAGAUUUCUAUGCCAUUCAACGAAUUGUGCAUUUGAGGCAAUAUAACGGUUCUAUUUCUUUUGUGCCUGCGCCUGGGUUCGAAGGUUUUGGAGAGCCUACUAGUUACAAGGACGGUGGUGAAUCGACAAACAGUGAUCCAAGUCAAGAGAAGCCUGUUAAGGUUCAAAAACUUGUCUAUGAGGGACCUGAUAUAAACCUGGAGAAUAUGAACUGGAGAACUAUUAGUGGACCGUUUGUUUCAGUGUGGCUUCACAAUGUACCUUGGGGAGGUGAAGACACAAAGGCAGCUCCUGAUGCCAAGUUCUCAGAUGGUUAUCUAGAUGUUAUAAUUAUGAAGGCUUGUCCGAAAUUAUCCUUGCUCUCGCUAUUGACAGAGUUGAGCACUGGGGGCCAUGUCAAGUCACCAUAUGUACAAUACUUCAAGGCGAAAGCAUUUGUUUUGGAGCCUGGUGCUCGUGCUGAGGAUCCAAUGAAGGAAGGGAUAGUAGACUCAGAUGGUGAGGUCCUCGCUAGAGGCAAAGGAGCAUACAAAUGUGACCAGAAGACACUGAUGGCGUACAAUAAACUUCAAAUAACCGUGGAUCAAGGUUUGGCCACUCUGUUUUCCCCAGAGUAGAUUAUGACUUCUCAUGGAUUCAAUACUUGAUGACUGAGAAUUACCACACAUGAUAGCCGCCAUUGUUCAUUCAUUUUGAUUGUAUAGCCUGAACCAACAAAAUAGCGAAGAACAAGUUAUACACAGUGAUACAUUCCCAAAAGUAGUGUGCAGCUCAUGUCUUAAAUUGUAGCUUUGAUUUUUCAAUUUUCUUUUUGUUUUGAGAUAGACUUGUAAUACACCUCUCAAAUUUAUUGGCAAUAUACAUCUUUUC